AAAAUACUGGCCAGUGCUCCGAGCUCCAUACCAUCGCGAUCUCCACCCAUCAUCCGUCGCCGUCGCAGCCCCGCCCCUAAAAUAGUCCCGCGCCCCUCGCAGCCGCCACCCGCCAUCCGCCCCCCUCCUCUCUCCCAGCGCAGCCGUACUGAGGUCACUCUCCCUCCCUCCCUCUCGGCCGAUUUACUCCCUCCUCGGCUGCCCUGCCCUCCCCUGUUUGAGGCAAUGGCGGCGGCGGCGGUGAACGGCGGGGGCGGGGAGAACAAGGCGGCGUUCGCGCGGAUCUACGACGCGCUCAAGGCGGAGCUGCUCAGGGACCCCGCCUUCGAGUACACGGAGUCGUCGCGCCAGUGGAUCGACCGCAUGCUGGACUACAAUGUACUGGGAGGAAAGUGCAACCGUGGGCUCUCCGUGGUCGACAGCUAUAAGCUGUUGAAAGGCGUCGAUGUUCUUACUGAGGAGGAGAUGUUUCUUGCCUCCACUCUCGGUUGGUGCAUUGAAUGGCUUCAAGCCUUCUUUCUUGUGCUCGAUGAUAUCAUGGACGACUCCCACACUCGACGUGGGCAGCCUUGUUGGUUUAGGGUGUCUCAGGUUGGCUUGAUUGCUGUAAAUGAUGGGAUUCUCCUUCGCAACCAUAUUUCGAGAAUGCUUCGGCUCCACUUUAAGAAGAAGCCUUACUAUGCCGAUCUCCUUGAUUUAUUCAACGAGGUUGAGUUCAAGACAGCUUCUGGUCAAAUGCUGGACCUUAUUACAACCCACGAGGGAGAAAAAGAUCUAACGAAAUAUAACAUUGGAGUCCACCGCCGAAUUGUUCAAUUCAAGACAGCCUACUAUUCAUUUUAUCUGCCGGUUGCAUGUGCGCUGCUACUCUCCGGCGAGAGUUUGGAGAACUACAGUGCUGUAGAGAACAUACUUGUUGAGAUGGGAACUUACUUCCAAGUUCAGGAUGAUUAUCUAGACUGUUAUGGUGAUCCUGAAUUUAUUGGCAAGAUUGGCACCGACAUUGAAGAUUACAAGUGCUCCUGGCUAGUUGUCCAAGCUCUUGAGCGUGCUGAUGAGAGCCAAAAGAGCAUUCUAUUUGAAAACUAUGGAAAGAAAGAUCCAGCAUGCGUGGCAAAAGUGAAGGAUCUCUACAAAGAACUUAACCUUGAGGCGGUAUUCCAUGAGUACGAGAGCGAGAGCUACAAGAAGCUGAUUGCUGAUAUCGAAGCCCAGCCGAGCGUUGCCGUUCAGAAGGUUCUGAAGUCCUUCUUGCACAAGAUCUACAUGAGGCAGAAGUAGGGGGUGUCUCUUGGGCAGGAAAUAUGUUCCAUUGUGGCAUGUUUGAUAGAUGACCAGUGGUGUUGAUUUUAUGGUUUAGUGCUUCAUGUUGUAUGUUGCGCCUUGCUGCUCCCAGUAAUAAUAAUGAUGCAAGGCGCUAUUUUGGGUUUGAUGGACCGCUUUGGUGUAGACGACUGAUGGUUCUGUAAUGUGCACCCUGCCCUUUCGUUUGGUCU